AUGGAUGGAUUUCGGGCCCACUUGCGGAACCCGAAUCCGAAGGAUUUGUUGUUCGGGCCACAUCAGUACCCGAAAGCGCGGGUGCUGGUCGUUAUUUCUUUUUCUUUUAAUGAUAUAGUGUCCAAUAUACAUAUGUAUACAUAUUUGUAUGUGUUAGGAGUAUGCAUGUCUGGUUUGGUUUCGGUUUCAAUUAUUUUGCUGAAAGAAUCAGAGAAUUCUUUUAAAUUGCUUUUGAUUGUGAAGAAAGAUAAAUUUAUGGAUCAAUUUAUAUGGAUCAUUUGGUGGGUGCUCAAAGUAUACCCAUAUCCUGUAACCGUCACUUUAGCUCAAUUUGCUGUUGGGAGUGUGCUUGUUAUGCUCAUGUGGACGACCAAUCUCUAUAGAAGGCCAAAAAUUAGUGGCGCUCAGCUUGCAGGUAUUCUGCCACUGGCAGUGGUGCAUACCUUAGGCAACCUUUUCACCAACAUGAGUCUUGGAAAAGUUGCUGUUUCAUUCACUCAUACUAUAAAAGCCAUGGAGCCCUUCUUCUCUGUUGUACUCUCAGCUAUGUUCUUGGGAGAGAGUCACCAAACCAAUAAAAUCCACGUUAGGGCAGACAAGUUCAAAGUAAAUUUUCCACUUCACUUCUGCUUCUACUUUAACACAAGAUAA